GAGUUUAGUUCGUUUAUUGUGUUUGAGUGUAACACUCGGAAUCGCCGGUAUUUUUGCUGGUAAAGUCUACCAGCGUUCGAAGCUCUUACUUAGAGAAAGAUGAAUGUGUUCAACCCAAAUCGAAACAUCCAGUUAACCAGGAUAAAGAAUUUUCUACUGGACAACGUUGGAUAUCAAGAAUUUCUAUCGCCUGGUGCAACUGUAGUGAAUCCGGUGCAGCCUUCUCGCAUCGAUUCCCUAACGAUGGGCUCCUCACAAAUAGCUCCACCGAAAAAACUGCCAGACUGUCCUCAAGAAGAAAAUACAGAAAAUCGGGCAGCAAGCAACAAGCAUCGAGCAAGAAAAAGAAAUCGAGGUCCAAAACCAAAGAAAAUGUACGACGGCAAUGGACCAAUUCAGCUGUGGCAACUAAUUUUGUCAGAGCUCGUUUCUUCAUCGUCAGAGCCUCUUGUGGAAUGGACUAAGAAAGACAAAUACGAAUUUCGCAUUUUGCAGCCUGAUAAACUGGCGGCCCUAUGGGGAGAGCAGAAGAAAAAGACCAAUAUGAAUUUUGCAAAGCUUGCGCGAGGUUUGCGGUAUUACUAUGGAAAGUCCAUUUUGGAAAAGGUUCGUGGCCAGCAGUUUACCUAUCAGUUUGUUAUGGACAUCGAUGCAAUUCUCGCGAACGAUUCUGAUGGCGAAGCUUCCGAAGGUGGAGGCAGGAGCACGCCUGAUGUUUUUUGCGAAGCACCGAGAACUCUGGAACAAAGGGAGGGGUAUGGGGAAACAGAGAAACAACUCACUGGUACAAGAGUGGGUGGAUAUGUGGGUGUAUGGGGGGACUUUGGAUGCCCAAUGGAGGCAUCGAGGGACACUGGGGGUGCUGAACAGGGUGUUAUUGACAUAGAGGGGAUAGUGCAGAAUGCAGGAGAGACAUUUGGCUGUAAGGGGGAGAGUUCAAGGCUCCCUAUGGGGAUAUCAAGGGAUACUGAGGGAGGAAAAGAGGUUGCUAUAGGCACUAAGGGGGUAGAAUGGAACUUAGGGGAAGCUUUUAGGGGAACAGGAGAGGGAAAGGUGAGAAAAUCGUGGGGCCAAGAGAAUACAGGGAUGGGAUGUGAUACCACAGAUAAAGAUUUUGGAAUUGUGCCUGGAGGACUUGAAAGCCUCCCUGGGGGGUGUGGGGUCAUUAAGGGGGAGCUAGGGGAGAUAAAGUCAUUCGAUUUAAGUGAUCUUAUUGAAUCCAAUGACACAAGUAGCUUCUAUGAAGCACUAUAAGUAUGUCUUGUAUCAAGCAUAAAUUACUUUUUGUUUUUGCUUACCUCUUGUUUCAAGAGACUUUUUAAUGUCUAAAUUAUUGACAUGUGUCUUAGGUUAACUCUUAAAGAGUAGUAUUCAUUGCAAUUCUCAUAUUACCAGAAGCAUUAUUUAAAAUGAUCUCAAUUUUUAGAAAUGUUAUUUCAGUGUUCCAGGAACAUAUGUUUUCUACAGCAAUGAAGUUUGAAAAUUAAUACUGACAAACCCAGUUUGUCUCAUGUUUUAACAUUGGAUAGACCCCUUUAGCUUUCAAUCUGUUUCUUUGUAAAUAGCUUGUUAAAUUCAAGCAAGGAAACAAAAUCUACCGUUUAGUGCCAUUACAAAGUCUUUCUAUUGUACAUUUGAAUUUUACCUGAAUAUUUUAUAUUCUAUUUAUAAAUAUGUACAUGUAUAUUUUAUUUAUAUUGCUAUGAUGUGAUAGGGUUUUGAAUUUUGUGUAUCAUGUCAAAUUCUGCUUAAAAAGGAAACUUAAGUACAAGAAAAAAAAAGAUUUUUUGGAUGGGUCUCAUUAAAAACAGCCAAACAAGUUUGAAAUCUGUGAUUAGGAAUCAUAAAUCUUUGUUUGCUUUCUCUCCUGUUUUAGGUGAUCCAGGCAUAAAUUUUAAUACAUUUGGCAUUGUGUCAGAGUUUAUUCAAUCUAAAUCAAGUGUUUUCCAUAAAAAUUUUUACAUAUGUACAAUAAUUUUACUUAGUGACUCACAGAAUGCAUGCUUAUUAUAAAUGGAAAAGGAUACAAUUAAAUCAAUUUUUAUUGAUUAAAAUUUUAUUUUAUUCAA